UUCACAUGUCCUCAUUUUCCUGUCAUUCUGUCUCAACUCUGAACCGCUUUGCUUCUGUAUCUUGGUCUCUGCUGCUAAAAAACUCUCUCUUUUUUCACCUAUUUAUACAUUUCUCUGAAGCCACCAAAGAAGAGGGAUUAAUAAUAACAAAAUGUCUUCCCCAAGCAAACGCAGAGAGAUGGACCUCAUGAAACUGAUGAUGAGUGAUUACAAGGUAGAGAUGAUCAACGAUGGCAUGCAAGAGUUCCAUGUCGAUUUUAAUGGACCCAGUGACAGUCCUUACCAUGGAGGUGUGUGGAGGAUCAGAGUGGAGCUCCCGGAUGCUUAUCCCUAUAAAUCUCCUUCAAUUGGUUUUGUUAACAAGAUUUACCACCCAAAUGUAGAUGAAAUGUCAGGGUCAGUUUGCUUGGAUGUAAUCAACCAGACCUGGAGCCCCAUGUUUGAUCUGGUAAAUGUAUUUGAAGUGUUCUUGCCACAACUUCUUUUGUAUCCGAACCCAUCAGAUCCAUUGAAUGGAGAUGCUGCAGCUUUGAUGAUGCGUGAUCGGGCUGCUUAUGAGCAAAAAGUCAAAGAAUAUUGUGAGAAGUAUGCCAAACCUGAAGAUAUUGGAGCUGCCAUGGAGGAGAAGUCCAGUGAUGAGGAGCUAAGUGAAGAUGAAUAUGCCUCCAGUGAUGAUGCAGUAGCUGGCCAUGCGGACCCCUAGGUGCAUUAAUUCAUACACCUCUUAGCAGUCUGUAUCUGUACAUGAUAAUUUAGCUUCAGAUUAAACAAACUCGGUGCCGCAGAAGGCCUUAUUUAUUGUGAAAAGGAUUCUAUUUACUUGGGCUGGGCAUGCUGUAAAUACAUUUACUCUGCCUCUUUUGUUUC